AUGCAGCUACACGUGCAAGCCACAAAUACAAAACCACUUGAUAAUAUAGUGCCAUCCACAAGUUCACAACAAUCUGACGAAGCCCAGCCUCCCACCUGUGCAGAAAUAAUUAAAGAAAUUCUUCCAUCACCUUUAAAGUCAUCAAUUGCUUCUAAAAGAAUUCGUAAAGUUUCAAAACUGGCCUUGCAUUUAACAUCACCUCAGAAUAAGACUACUCUUCUCGAAAAAGAAGCAAAGAAGAAAUUUAAGGUAGACAAUAAAACCAAGGAAAAUUAG